AUGACGAAAGCCGAGCGCAGAGAGCUUCAGGAACAACAGCGCGCUGCUAAAGCUGCAGCUAAAGCGUCCGGAGUACCACAGGCCUCGCAAGGCGCGAGUGCGAGUGCGAAGGGGACCGGUAACAAGCAGGCUCAGCCGUCGACACCCACUUCAUCAGGGCAGAAGAAGGGUGCGCGAGGGGAAGCCCCUGCGCCGAGUCUGGUGCAGGCUAGAGGAGGUGCCUUAGUUGUUGCCGCAGCGAAGGGCACAAAGGACGCGAAGGCAGGGGUAAAUGCGGCGGAGGGCGCGGUGGGACGGUCGCGCGGCUUGCGAAUAUUCUCGCAUUUCGCGCUGCAAAAGACCGCGAGUCAUGUCAUCAAGGGUGAUAUCCAUCCAGCCAUAGUGCGUCUCGGUCUCAAGUUCUCAGAAUUCAAGAUCUGUGGGGCGAACGCCCGAUGUAUUGCGACGCUUUCAGCUUUCAAACAGGUUAUACAGGACUACAUCACACCACCGAAUACCACGCUCUCAAGACAUCUUAUGACCCAUUUGUCUGCCCAGAUCAGCCAUCUGGUGUCGGCGAGACCUAUGUCAGUCACUAUGGGGAACGCCAUCCGAGAGUUGAAGUUGGAAAUCAGCGGUUCAGACAUUGAUCUUCCUCAACAAGAUGCAAAAGAUGCGCUUUGCGUCAAAAUCGAUAACUAUAUCCGGGAUCGGAUUAUCAUCGCAGACCAGGUCAUUCAAGAGACUGCGAUGAAGAAAAUACAUGACGGCGAUGUUAUUUUGACAUACGCAAGGUCAUCUGUGGUAGAGAAGGUUCUGCUUCAAGCAUGGGCCGAAGGCACCCAAUUCUCCGUGGUCGUAGUCGACUCACGACCUAUGCUAGAAGGCAAACGACUUCUCUCCGUGCUUGCCGCAGCCAACAUACCUUGUACCUACCUUCUCCUUCCCGCGCUCAACGCUAUCAUCACGGAAGUGUCGACGGUCUUCGUCGGUGCGCAUUCACUCCACUCAAAUGGCGCUGUAUUUUCUCGGGCGGGGACUGCGCUCGUCGCGAUGCAGGCAAAGCGGCACUCUGUACCCGUUAUUGUCUGUUGUGAGACGUAUAAGUUUUCAGAAGGCGUGCAGCUCGACAGUUUUACCAAGAAUGAACUAGCUCCCGUCGGAGAUCUAUUCUCAUCAUUCCCACUUGCCCGUCCACGGGACUCGCUGCUACUCCAAAACCGACCGAACCUAGAGAUCCUCAAUCCCCUCUAUGACCUCACUCCACCGUCGAGCAUCACCGCUGUCGUCACGGAAGUCGGCGUUAUCCCUCCAGACUCGAUCAGCUCCAUCCCUCUAGCUUUGGGGCGACUCACAAUUUGAGUCAGCCUUUCAAACAAUGCCUCACCUUGCACCAUAUCAUACUGUACCAGGGUUUUUUGUUGCCAAGAAGUCCACGAGCCGCGACUGUAUAACUUAUUGCUGUCGCAAUUCAAAUGUUGUUCAAACAGGUCAAUACUGGGAUGUUAUAUGAGUAAUUGAAUAUACAAUAUAUCCUGGCGAGGUAUCCUCGUGCGGGAAAGCUUCUAGUCG